UUUUGCAGAAUUGUUGCAACUUGGAUGAUCAUUCAUAAGGGCUGACGCAGUUUAUUUAGGAUACAACACAGCAGUUACCGGGAAUGGAAACCUCCUUUUCUAAAACCUGCAUGCGGAUACCGGAACCAAAUGACAAAUCCUUGGAUUUUAUGAGGGUUUUGCACGAGCGACAGUCCGAAGGGAAACUGGGAGAAGAGAAGCAGCAGGAAGAGUGUCACACCGUUAGCAUACCAUGUCGUCGAAUUAUGGCCUUCUUAGGACUUGGUGAAAUCCUACUGGGAUUUAUCAUGUUCGCCAUGCAGAUGUACAUUUCCAUGUUUUUGGCCAAUCAAACUCAUCUGGACACAGUUGCCGGAUGUGACUGGCCCUACUGUGACGUCAGCUUCCACUUAAAAUUUGCCUCGGCAACGUACAUCCUGUCGAUCAUUGCCGGCUGCAGCGCCUUCUUGGUGGCCGGGGAAAAUUUAUUGCCGCGCACCCGCCACUGUCUGGCGAUCUUCGGCGUGAUCUACAUCGUAGUGAAUCUGAUCCAGACCGUUUUGCUCAGCAUCCUUAAAAUGCGUAAUGUCAUCCUGGGCAUUGCGCUGCACAGUCCGACGCAUUUUACGGCGGAAGAAGCCCGCUUCGUGGACUCCUUGAAAACCGCCAUGAUUGCUAUGGUCUGCAUAUCCGGCGCGUUGCUAUUAAUUUUGGGUGUAUUAUUACUGCUAAAUAUUUUACAAUAUCGGUCAAAAUGCACACGUGACUGUACGAAAUUCAAAAAACUCACACCGCUCCGGGAGAAAAGCGCCUGUCAUCACACUUUAUCCGGGCCGCAGUUUUCCUUAAUGGAACGCAAGGAGGUAUUAAAAAAGCCGAGUUUAUUGGGCAUAUCUUCAGCGGAACGCCUACUCGACUCUGGUCGGUGUCAGGAUAAUGAUAAUGUCUUUGAUUAAGCGCUGCACUUAUUGGCCUUCUGCUUCUUUUAUUGUAAAUUUGCUCAAAGAAAUAAAAUUUUAUUUUAAUGGUUGCGCUUAAUUGCCAAAAUUGCCGGUUGUGAAAGAUAAAGAAAAGCAUACUUCCAGGUGAAAGUGUAGCUCAGUCGGCAAUGUUUUCCUUAGGCGUUUUGUAUGGCACGAGACACUGUAAUCAGUGCAGCGGCGUCACAUAAAUGGUCAAGGU